AUGCUGCUUCACGAUCGCAGUCCCGACACAUCCCCCUUCAGCGGCCAUAGUCAGCGGCCUUUCACCAGAUCAGUUCAUUCAGAUUUGUCGGUCCAGACGCCAAUGUCUUCCUCCAGCUACAACAAGUCGUUACUGUUUGCGUCCCCGACACCGACCCCCACGGCAGCCUCCAGACAUGAACGACAACAGUCGUAUUCGCCUACGGCGUCCUUCAGCUCUGUCCCCUCCCAUAUGCGGAACAACUCGCUUCAGCGACAGGCGAGUUCAUCCAGUACAUUUGCACCCAAGUUCAUCAAGUCAGAAGAGAUGCGCAAGAGUGAGGACAGAAUCUCAGCCAUCGAAGGGGAGAAUGACUUUUCUGGCAAGCGUUAUGUCUGGGUUAGAGAUCCAGAAAAGGCAUUCAUUCGCGGAUGGAUAACGGAAGACCUACCGGGAAACAAGGUUGCUGUACAGUUCGACAAUGGCUCAACCAUAGAGGCCGAUGUCGAUGAGGUGGAUAAGGUCAACCCGGCGAAGUUCGACAAAGCCGACGACAUGGCUGAACUCACUCAUCUGAACGAAGGCUCAGUCAUCCACAACCUCUACACCCGAUAUCAGGCUGAUCUGAUCUACACAUACUCCGGUCUAUUCUUGGUCGCGAUCAAUCCGUACUGCCCUCUGCCCAUCUACGGCAACGAUUAUAUUCGCAUGUACAAAGGACAAGCGAGGGAAGACACUCGACCCCAUAUCUUUGCCGUUUCUGACGCUGCCUUCCGCCGCUUAGUCGAGGAAGGAGAGAACCAAAGUAUCUUAGUGACGGGUGAGUCAGGCGCAGGCAAAACCGAGAAUACGAAAAAGGUCAUUCAGUACCUGGCUGCGGUCGCGACGUCGGAUUUGGACACGCCCAUAACAGGCAGAACACCAGCCAAACAGCUCUCAAAUCUCUCCCAACAAAUCCUUCGAGCCAAUCCCAUUCUGGAGUCCUUCGGUAACGCUCAGACAGUCCGCAACAACAAUUCGUCUAGAUUCGGAAAGUUCAUUCGUAUCCAAUUCACUCGCUCUGGUCAAAUUGCUGGCGCCUUUAUCGACUGGUAUCUGCUCGAAAAGUCAAGAGUGGUUAAAGUCAGCCAGCAAGAACGAAGUUACCACGUCUUCUACCAGCUGCUGGCCGGAGCAGACCAACGGAUGAGAGAUGCGCUGCUCCUAUCCGGCAUGGAUGUCGAGGACUUUGCUUAUACUCGAGCCGGUAAUGAUACCAUUGGUGGGAUUUCUGAUCGAGACGAGUGGAAUACCCUGAUUGAGGCAUUCCACAUCAUGAACUUCUCCGAGAAGGAGCAAAUGGCCAUUUUCCGAACCGUCGCCGCGAUCUUACACCUGGGCAAUGUUGGCGUCCGACAGGAGAGCAGAGCUACAGACCAAGCUUCACUGACUACCGAAGCGCGAGCAUCUGUAGAUAAGGCCUGUCGGUUAUUGGGUGUGCAAUCUGAGCCAUUCGUCAAAGGUCUCCUGCACCCAAGAGUGAAAGCCGGCCGAGAAUGGGUUGAGAAAGUGCAAACACCGGAGCAAGUGCGUCUUGCACUUGAUGCGCUGUCCAAAGGCAUUUACGAGCGAGGGUUCGGAGACCUGGUGUCGAAAAUCAACAACCAGCUUGACCGAGGUGGUGUUAGCAGCGAUGAUAGCCACUUUAUCGGAGUGCUGGAUCUUGCCGGGUUUGAGAUCUUUGAGACCAACAGCUUCGAACAGCUCUGCAUCAACUACACAAACGAAAAGCUGCAACAGUUCUUCAACCACUACAUGUUCGUCCUGGAACAAGAAGAAUACGCGCGUGAGCAGAUCGAGUGGCAGUUCAUUGACUUCGGCAAAGACCUCCAGCCUACGAUCGAUCUCAUCGAGCUACCCAAUCCUAUCGGCAUUUUCUCCUGCCUUGAUGAAGACUCGGUGAUGCCAAAAGCUACCGAUAAGUCGUUCACCGAAAAACUCAACUCUUUGUGGGAGAACAAGACUACGAAGUAUGCGCCGGCGCGUACUCGGCAAGGCUUCAUCCUGACGCACUAUGCGGCCGAAGUAGAAUACUCGACGGAAGGCUGGCUGGAAAAGAACAAAGAUCCGCUCAACGACAACCUAACCCGCCUGCUUGCCGCGUCGAAAGAUGAGCACAUUGCCAACCUCUUCAGCGACUGUGUGGACGAGGUCGAUGAGCCUUACAGUCCAAGAAGCCGAGUCAAAAAGGGCUUGUUUCGGACCGUUGCGCAGAGGCACAAGGAGCAACUGAGCAUUCUGAUGAGGCAGCUGCAUUCAACACAGCCUCACUUCGUCCGGUGUAUCCUGCCCAAUCACAAGAAGAAACCGAAGCAAUUUGUGGCGCCCUUGGUCCUGGAUCAAUUGCGAUGUAACGGUGUGCUUGAGGGCAUCCGCAUUGCGCGUACAGGCUUCCCGAACAGAUUGACGUUUGCCGAAUUCCGAUCGCGGUACGAGGUCCUUUGCAAAGACAUGCCGAAGGGAUACUUGGGAGGUCAAGAAGCGGCGAAGAUUAUGCUUAAUCGAUUGCAGAUGGAGCAAUCCAACUAUCGAGUUGGUCUGACGAAGGUGUUCUUCCGGGCGGGAGUCUUGGCCGACUUGGAAGAGCAACGAGACGCCUUGAUCCGGGAGAUCAUGUCGAGGUUCCAGUCGAUUGCUCGAGGCUUCAUGCAACGACGCAUGGCCUUCAAGCAGCUUUACCGUGCCGAAGCCACGAGAGUAAUCCAACGAAACCUCAACGUCUACCUCGAUCUCCAAGACAACCCGUGGUGGCGGUUGUUUGUCCGCAUGAAACCCCUGCUUGGAGCCACUCGUACUGCAAGUGAAGUCAAGAGGCGAGACGAAAAGAUUGAGCAGCUGCAGAUUAGGAUGAAACAGGAGGCGGCCGAGAGACAACGAGUUGAAGACGAACGGAGGCGUGCCGAAAUAGAAGCGCACCGCAUCCAGCAAACACUCGAUUCAGAGCGGGCAUUGGCAUUGGACAAAGAAGAGAUCUUCAAGAGGCUUCAAUAUCGAGAGAGUGAGCUCUCCGAGAAGCUAGCUGAAGCCCUGACCGAACAGGAAGCGCUCGAAGACCAACUCGACGAAGCCCUUGAUUCCAAAAAGAAAAUCGACGAGGAGCUGACCACUCGUCGAGAGCAAGUCCUCCAAGCCGGCCAGAUCAUAACGAGACUGGAGGCAGAGAAGAAAGAUCUGCAACGCCAGAUUGAAAAGCUUGAAGACGAGCUCGUGCAUGUGGAAAAGACGCACACGCAGAACGAUGAUCGAUUGCAAACCAUCAGCCAGGAGCUCCGGUCAUUGAAGAGCAACUUGAGCGUGAAGGACCGGAAGAUAUCGGAGUUGGAGGCAAACUUGCAGCAGGCCGAGAAAGAUAAGGAAAGCCGUGCGUCGAGUCUCGAGCAAGAGCUCCGUUCUCUGAAGAGUCAGCUGGCACAGCGCGACCGUGCCUCAGAAGACCUGGAGAAGAAGCUCCAUCGCGCCGAGACUCUGCGCACGGAGGAGAGCAGACGACAAGCCGAAGACUUUGACGUCCAAAUCCGCGCCCUGAAGAACGAACUUAACCAGAAGGAACGCAAGUUGCAGGAUCUGGAAAGCACACUCUCCAAGAUUGACAAAGACGCCGAGGCCAAACUCGCGCGUACGGCCGAUGAGCUUGAUCAGUCCAAGAAAUUGCUCCGGGAAUUGCAGGGCCAGAAUGACGAGCUUAGGAAGCAAGUCACGGCCACGGCGCUUGCUACGUCCAAACACCAAGAAAAUCUCCGUCGGAAAGAGGGCGAGCUUUCGGCUCUGAUGGCAGAUGUUGAGCAACACGAGCGGGAGAAGCUCGAGCUGAGGAGAGAGAAUGAGAAGCUGGCUGGCGGAUUCGAAGAUCUUACCACGAAGAAGAGAGAGGCGCUCGCUGAAAUGGAGAGGUUACGAGAGCAGAGAACCAGGAUGGAACGGGAAGCUGUGGAGGUCAAGAGGUGUCUAGAGAAGGUGAUGCCGUUCUUUACCCAGCAUUUUGCCUAG